AUGGCGAAGCGCAAAGUCUAUACUCAGCAAGAGCUAGAGGAUAUAAUUGAAGCUGGAGAUUUCAGUAAAUUUGUUGUUGCCUUCAGCCAUGGAGCUAAGCCUAACCUCAGGGAUGAGGACAAUCAAAUGAUCCCCUUUGAGAAGGCCCUAUCAACAAAAGGAUGUGGUGGUUUUAUAAUGGUGUGUCUGUUUGCUGGCUGCGAUCCCAAUUACGUUAAUCCGAUUCUUAAUAAAGCUGCCAUCCACUAUGCAAUCGAUUCAUGGAGUACGGACAAUCUUUCCGAGCUGGUGAAACGACCCAACUUCCAAGUAGAUGUUGAUCACAUGUACGAGGGGGAAACAGCAUUAAGUAGAUUAAUCAAAAGCCUAAAAAAAGAGAAUGCUCCCAGUCUCACUGACGCCAUUCGAUUGCUAUUGAACAAAGGUGCUUCUCCCAAUAUUGUCGAUUCUGAUGGCAAAUCUCUCAUGGAACAAGUGCUACUCAACGAAACAAUCUCGCAAGAAAUACGAACGAGUUUGAUCGUAGAGUUCCUAAAAACGCCCGAAAUCAGUCUGGUCAACUAUCUUGAAGGACUCGAUUAUCUAUUGAUGCAUUCUCUCGACGGUAACAGUAACCUGCUCUACUAUCUCCUAGUGCGUCCGUUACUCAGUAAGCCUGUUUGGCAAAUGCUCGACACUUUGUCGCAAUACCGAAUGAACAUUGUAAACUGGGAUAACAAGAAAAUGUUGCGACGUUUGCUCAUAGAGCACAUCACAAAGCAUACUGAGAAGGCACUCGAAACAGUGCUUGCCACCCUGGAAAAGAAUUCGCCUCAGGAAAAUGAGUAUCUGGUGGAGUUGGCUGUCAAAGCUGGAAGCUGGUCGACUGCUCUCGAAUUGCUUAAGAGCGAAUUUCUCAAGACGGUGGCCAAGAGCACGCUUCUAAAAACAAUGAUUAAGCAGGUGCAAUUGAAGCCGCUGGACAAUUACCUGCAGAGAAACGAAUACCAGGAGUGUUUGCUGCAAUGGCUUAAAGAUCGGCGGGAGUUUAUCAAUGACUUCGAUAAUGAGCUCAAAACGCCUCUGCAUUAUGCGGUGCUCUGCCGCAAUGAGAUUGCCAUAAGAGUGCACUUGAAGGAGGGCGCCAGAUUGGGAGUGUGCAAUGACAACAAUCGCUUUGUGAUCGAGGAUAUGGAUGCCAAGCUUCUGGAGAAGCAUUUCGAUUACUGCAUCACUGGGCGAGGCGAGAAGACCAGCCAUGAGGGUUACGAGAUCAUAAUGAACUUUCUGAAUAUGACCAACGAGAACAACGAACUCGAUAUUGCUCCCAUUGCCUGCAUGGCCCGGUCGAAGGAGCUGUGUACACUGCUGGAGCAUCCGUUGAUCACCUGCUUCCUGCAGCUGAAGUGGAGUCGACUCACCACCAUCUUUAUCACCACCCACUUUAUAAUCAAUAUCAUCUUAAGUUUGAUCUUGUGGAUCCAUAUUUGCUUGCGUUUCCCUAAACGUCACAACAACGAGCUUCCUAUAUGGAUUGUUAAGAGUCUGCUCCAAGUGCUGAUUGGCUAUCUUCUCAUUGUGGAAGUCUUUUGUUUUGCGAUAGCCAAACAUUGGGGCAGAUUAUUCCAUUUUAUUCUGAUUUUUAUGCUCAUCCUCACAAACAUCGAGUGUGGAGAUGACAUCCAAAGGCUUAUUUCCGUCUUCGCCAUCAUGUUGAUGGGCAUCAAGCUGAUGAAUCUUAUUGGUGCCCUACCUGUGCCUUUCAUAUCGGUGCACAUGCUCAUGCUGCGCCAGGUGGCUAGUACUUUCGCAACGAGCUUGUUGCAGUACUCCAUGCUUUUGUUCAACUUCAGCUUGUGCUUCUAUGUGCUGUUUUCCAAACCGAGCUCUACAAAUUCAGCGAAUUCUACGGAUUCAGCGAACUUAACCGGUUCAGCGAACGCAACAGAUAAUCAUUUCAGUCUCUCCUUUGAAAAACUCGAUUUAUCGUUUAUCAAGACACUUGUGAUGUUCAAUGGUGAAAAUGAUAAUAUUGACGCUAAUGGAUAUUUCAGUAUUUUUGUGGUGAUCAUAUUCAUGUUUAUGGUCAUGGUCCUGACCAAUUUACUGGGCGGCCUGGCCUUCGGCGAUACGCAGACUAUUCGGGCUCAAGUGGAACUCAAUGCUGCCAUUUGUCGAGCAAAUGUGUUGUACAAUUAUGAAGAACUCUUGGACUGGAGUUCGCCUCGAAUGGAACGUCUGAUUCGCUUCUUUAAGAAACUAAUGAGAAUCCAUGCAGAUACGUAUAGCUAUAUAUCCAUAUUUCCAAAACAAAAGAAUCGGGCGAAGUGCUUCGCCUUUCUGGUACAGAAUCCUUUUCAAAGUCUGUGCUUUUGGCAUCGCAGUCCAGCUUGA